CCGGAUUUCUGUCCAGUGAAGGGAAAGAAACGUGAUUAAACCUUUGGGAAAGUACCUCUGUUACAUUAUAUAGCAAUAGGUAGAGUACAAAUAGUCAGAAUUUAAAAGACCGGUUCAUUUUGGCCUUGGUCCUCGCUUAAUCCACCUCUGAAAGGCACAAAUGAGCCUCACACCGGACUCAGCUAGCUAGGUGGCGGUAUAGCCGUUUGUUCGCUCCGUUGACUCCAGCAGCAGAGGAGGAGGAGGGCACAACUCAGCUCCAGCACUUCCGCGUUUUGUAAAGUGAUUGUAAACUUACAGAAAAUCAUAGACACUCUCUUACAGCCGGUGUUCUGCUUUGGUGACGAGGAGCGUCUUUGAGUCUGCUGUUAGCAUCAUUUAUCGUUACAAGGCCUUUCAAGUUAGGACCAUGGCACCAAAGAGACGAGCUGCUUCUGCUGCCAAGGCUGGUGGAAAGAAGGUCAAACAGGAGCCUGAAACACCAAAAGCCAAAGAUGCCUUUACCUCUGCAAAGGAAGCCCUGCUGGCUGCAGGGCCACAAGUAAAAAGCAACAAGAAGGUGGAUGAACACUGUUCAUUGUCAUCCUGUGGAGAGGUGUAUGGGGAUUAUGACUGCAUGCUCAAUCAGACAAAUAUCGGACAUAACAACAAUAAGUUUUAUGUCAUCCAAGUUGUUAAAGCAAACAACAAGUACUAUUCAUGGAACAGAUGGGGCAGAGUGGGGGAAGUCGGACAGAGUAAACUUAGUUCGCCCUUUGAUAAGGCUGAAAAUGCUGUCAAGGACUUUGAGAAGAAGUUUAAGGACAAGACAAAGAACAACUGGAGCGACCGAAUGAAUUUUGUCUCUCAUCCUGGGAAGUACACCUUGAUAGAGGUGGAUGGAGAGCAAGAUGCUGAAAUCAAGGUAGACUGUGUUGAUGGCAAGCCAGCCCAGGUUGCAAAGAACGCCCUACCUUGUACCCUCGAUGAAGCUACACAGAGCCUCAUUAAGCUCAUUUUCAGCAAUGACAUGUUCAAGGAGGCGAUGGAAUGUAUGAACCUAGACAUCAAAAAGAUGCCUUUGGGCAAGCUCAGCAAGGUCCAGAUUGCAAAAGGCUUUGAGGUUUUGGAGGAGAUCGAGGCUGCUAUGAAUCAAAAAAGUGGAAAAGGGCGUCUAGAAGAGCUUUCCUCAAAAUUCUACACCACAAUCCCACAUAACUUUGGCAGGAACAGACCGCCUACUAUUAAUGACAAAGAGAUUGUGGAGAAGAAAAAAGAGAUGCUCUUGGUGCUGGCUGACAUUGAGCUUGCCCAGACUCUGAAGUCAGAGACUGAGAAGGCUCAAGUAGAGAUGAUACAGACGGUUCCUCACCCUAUAGACCAAGACUACAAUUCUCUCAAAUGCAAGCUAAGUCUGAUGGAAAAGAAUACAGAAAUGUUCAAGAUCAUAGAAAAUUACCUGAAAGCGACUUCAGGCGACUAUUACAAACCAAAAAUUCUCAAUGUUUGGGAAGUCGAUCGAGAGACAGAGGGGCAGCGCUUUAAUGACAACGAUAAUCUGGAGAAUCGGCGUCUGCUGUGGCAUGGUACAAACAUAGCAGUGGUUGCAGCUAUCCUGAAGAGUGGUCUGAGGAUAAUGCCCCAUUCGGGAGGCCGUGUCGGUUGUGGUAUCUAUUUUGCCUCUGAAAACAACAAGUCUGCAUGUUAUGUGCGCCCUUCCAAAAAUACAGGAGUGAUGUUUCUCAGUGAGGUCGCCCUUGGCAAAGAGCAUACCAUUACCAGAGACAAUUCUUCCUUGAGGAAGCCUCCGGCUGGGUAUGAUAGUGUGGUGGCACGAGGCAUUGUCGAACCAGAUCCGUCCAAGGACAUCUUCAUCACCCUGGAGGGUAAGAAGGUUGCUGUGCCUCAGGGUAAGCCAAUAAACCAACCCCAGUUUUCUGAUAGCCACUUCCACAACAGUGAAUAUCUCAUCUACAAAGAGAGUCAAUGCCGCCUUCGCUACCUGCUGGAGCUAAACAUGUAUGGCUAAUUCUAACCAAAGAAAAAUGAAGGUCUUUUUGUUUGUUUCUUGGUGAUGGGCUCCCUACAGACCUUCAGAUAAGUCUGUGGUCUAAUAAAGUGAAUGUGGAUCUGUUCAUUUUAGAUGCACUUUUCUGUGCCUUAUGCUUAUGUUUGCGUAGUUUGCAAGUUUUUAUACAUACUUAAACUAUGUAAAGACAAUUUACAAUGAAGAACAUGGUGAUCUUUGCACACUUUGGUUUUUGAAUUGCAUUAGUGCUUCUCAAACUGGAGGGCUGGACUACAAUGUGAAAAUGUGAAAAUUGAUUUGAAUAUAUAUGAUCUUUUUUUUUUCUUUUUUAAGAAAAUUCAUGUUUUAGUUGUUGAGAAGUAGUGGAUGACUUCUUACAGUUAAUGAAGUGGAGCCUGCCAGUUUGAGAACCACUGAAUUACAUAUUGAACCAUAUGUCCUGUUUGGCGUGUUCUGUUUCUAUAGGGUUUACAUAUUUAAAAACGCAUAAUUUAGUCUAACUGACAACGAAAGACACAGUCCUGUGCUUGAGAAAGAAAGUGUCUUGAAUGUGCACUUAUAUAUGCAUUUUGAGUAGUGAUGAAUAAAGAUAAACUGGUGUUGAAAAAGAAGCAUAAAUGGUACCUAUACAAAGACAUAUUUAUGAAACUGUAAAAUGCUAAUUUUGGGUAAUGUUGAAGAACCGUUACACAUGUAAGAAUGUUUCAAGGAGCUUUCUGCUUUGUAAGCCAGUCCCACUAUGCCGUCUUGGUUUAUUCCAAAUACAACCACAUGGUGUCAGAAAUGAGAAACUAAACUAAACUAACGUUUGUAGUAAUGCACUAUGACAUGACUUGAAUAUAGAAUAUACUGAAGUGCCCCUGCAACAUCUCUUUUUGUCCCUUUGAAGUAAUUUAGUUAUAAUGAUGCCAUAAUGGUAAUGCGCUACAUGUUAAACUGACUGUGACUGUAAACAAGUAAUCUAUAAAUAAAGAAUAAAUCAUCUAAAAUGUU